GACAGACCCAAUUAUCCUAUCAUAAAAUGUUCCAAUAACUUGCUCAGAAUCAGAUGUGUCAUGUUUUCCAGGCGGUGAUGGACGUUUACUGCAGUAAUAAUGUUCUUCAGGCCAGGAGAGCCGUGGAGCAGCUAAGGAUGGAGACUGAACUGCAGAGAAUCAAGAUUUCAGCAGCAGCGGAGCAGCUCGUCCAGUACUGUCAGGAGCACCGCAGAGCUGAUCCUCUGCUCACCGGCAUCGCUGCGUCCUCAAACCCCUUCAAAGACAAGAAGACCUGCGUGCUGCUGUGAACACACACAUACAGACAUCACAGUAAUCAUUAAUAAUCUCUUUUAUUUGCAGUGUUGAUAACGACACCUCGUCAAACUCAAUUACAAAUUGUGAAUCUAAAAGCUUUGAAAAAACACAAUCACCUUCAGUCAGUCAGAGCACAAGUACUGUCUGAUGAUUAUAAAUAACUCAUACAUACUAUGGGGAUUCACAAUGAGGAGUUUCAUACAGUGUGCGUAUAUUGGAAAGUUUGCUCACUUGUUUAAUAAGAAAUCUAGUAUAUAGUGUAAUACUGAACACUGAAAUAUGCUGUGAUGAUUUCUGUCGUUCUCGAUGUAAAUGUGCUUCAGGAUUCACUCUUUCUUCACUUCUUAAAGGGGCAGUUCAGCCAAAAGUGAAAAUGUCCCUAAUAGACUUCUGUCAGGAGUUUUCUUCUGUUGAACAAAAGGAAGAUAUUUUAAGAAAUGUUGGAAGAAAGGAGCCACUGACAUCUGUAAUAGGAUCAAAAAAUACUAUGGAUGUCAAUGGCUGCUUCCACCCCCCAAACAUUCUUCAAAAUAUCUUCUUUUGUGUUUGACAGAAGAAAGUCAGUCAGUCAGGUUUUGAACAUGUGAAGGGUGAGUAAAUAAUGUCAGAAUUUUUAUUUGGGUGAAACUAUCCCUGUGUGUGUGUGUGUGUUUGUCAGGAUAAGUGUGUGUUUGAGAGUUUUUGUUUGAGUGUGUGUGUGUGUGUGCGUGCGUGCG